UAAUAUUACUCAUAGAGAAAGAGCGCAAAGAUCAAACCGCCCGCCACCCUUUUCAAACCAUCCUCCCUCCAACCGCCUCAAUUUCUUCAGAUUUGGAGUGGAGGUCGAGUGUAACUGGAAUUUGUUUGUGCGGUUCAUUUUGUAAAUUGUUAUUGAUUCAUCUAAAUGUUAUGUUCCGAAAGAAAAAUGUAAAUACGUAAUUGCUUUGAUAGGAGUUUCGAUUUCUAACUGGGUUUUUGGAGGAAGGAUGUGAAACUAGGUCGGCAAACGCAAAAUGGAUCAAUUUUCCAAUUAUGUGCAUAGUCCUGCUCAUUUAGCGGUGGCGAAACGAGAUCAUGCUGCUUUGGAGGAGAUCGUGUCAUCCUUGCCUCGGCUUGCCAAGGCCGGGGCGGUAAAUAACGAAGCAGAGUCUCUGGCCGCUGAGAACGACGCCGACAUAGUCUCCGCCGUAAUCGACCGGCGGGAUGUCCACGGCCGCGAGACUCCCUUACACCUCGCGGUUAAGAUGCGGGACCCGAUUUCAGCUGAGAUUCUGAUGUCAGCGGGCGCCGAUUGGAGUCUCCAGAACGACAAGGGAUGGAGUGCCCUACAGGAGGCCGUGUGCUUACGGGAGGAGAACAUUGCUAAGAUCAUUGCAAGGCAUUACCAGCCUCUAGCUUGGGCCAAGUGGUGCCGUCGCCUCCCUCGGAUAGUAGCUUCUGCUUCCAGGAUCCGCGAUUUCUACAUGGAGAUAACUUUCCAUUUCGAGAGCUCUGUUUUGCCCUUCAUUGGAAAAAUUGCACCCUCAGACACCUACCGGAUAUGGAAACGGGGAGCUAAUCUCCGUGCGGACAUGACACUCGCCGGAUUUGACAGCUUCCACAUCCAACGCUCUGACCAAACCUUUCUCUUCCUAGGGAAGGGGUAUGAUGGGAAUAUUUGUUCAAAUGAUGAGAAUGGGAAGAUCAUUUCCAGUUUGCCCCCAGGAUCAUUGAUAGUACUGUCCCAUCCUGAGAAAGAGAUAACAAAUGCCUUGGAAGGGGCGGGAGUGGAACCAACUGAAGCGGAAGUUUGGCGUGAAGUAAAGUUGAUGUGUAAGACGAAUAUGUACAGGCCGGGCAUAGACGUGACUCAGGCUGAACUCGUCCCGCAUAUGAAUUGGAUGAGACGACAUGAGAAGACGGAGAUGGUUGGCGUGUGGAAGGCUAGGGUUUAUGAUAUGCUCCAUGUUAUGGUUAGUGUGAAGUCACGGCGGGUCCCUGGUGCUGUGACGGAUGAAGAGCUUUUUACAGUGGAUGAGGGUGAAGAUGGCAUUGAGUGCGAUGUGUUGACGGAGGAGGAAAGGGUGCAGUUAGAAAAUGCACUUCGUGGGGAGAAUUCAGAUGAUCUUCUUGAGUAUGAGGAGGAGCCUAGUAAGGGCUGUAGUAAUAACAAAGAAAAGAAGAGUUGGUUAGGAUGGAAUAGUAAUAGUAAGAAGAAAAGCUCAAAGUACACUUGUCCUGAAGAUGAAAAACAAAGGAUAGGUAGUGAUAACAAGAAGAGCAAACAUGAUGAUAAAAGCAGCAAGAAGAAGAAGAAAAAAGGGCAGGCAUCAAGUGAGGGUAAGAAUGAGAGCGAGUAUAAAAAGGGGUUGAGACCUGUUUUGUGGUUGACGCCUGAUUUCCCAUUGAGAACAGAAGAGUUACUUCCCUUACUUGAUAUAUUAGCCAACAAGGUUAAAGCUGUAAGAAGAUUGAGGGAGGUCCUAACCACAAAGCUGCCACCUGGCACAUUCCCUGUCAAGAUUGCUGUCCCAAUAGUACCCACAAUCCGUGUAGUUGUUACCUUUACAAAGUUUGAGGAACUUCAGCCACUGGAAGAGUUCUCAACCCCGCCCUCAAGCCCCACACACUUCCAAGAUUCUGAACCCGCAGACUGGGAGGGACCAACCGUCUCAUGGGCUUCGUGGCUUAGAGGGGUGAGUCGGGAUGAGCAAUCUAGCAGUGUCAGUGAAAGCUGCAGUUCUCAAAACGAUAUUGACCCAUUCCAAAUCCCAUCUGAUUAUACCUGGGUUGACGCCAAUGAGAAGAAACGUAGGAGAAAAGCUGCUAAGAAAGCAAAGUUGAAGAAAAAUAAAAAGCACAGCACUACAACUAGAUGCCCUGAUGGUGUGAAGGCCGAAGCGUGAAGUAUCACAAGAAAAUUUUGUUUCCCCUUGGCAAGAAGAGAGAAUAUGCUGACUCUACUCCUUUCAUAGUAAAAAUAGCCAAUUUUCACUUAUAAAAGGGGAUUGAAAAAGUACAUACAAGGCUUCUUGUACUCUUUUUUGAAGGAAGCUCAUGUAGCGGCAGAUACUUAAAACCUAAUAUAAAGAGCUUAUAAUUGUUGAAAUUCUUUACAUUGUACGAAAAAUGUUUAUGUUCGUUUACUCAUCAUGUAAAUAGAUGUUUAUAUUAUAUGUUUAUAAUUGUUGAAUUCCCUAAUAAUCUGUAAGUCUGGUAAACUA